AUGAAGAGAAUCCACCAGUUCAACUUCGAACCCCCAGCAAGACAGGAGGAGCAUGCGAGGGUCACGAGAUGGGCUGAGGCAAUGAUUGCCGAGGGACUAUCGCUUUGUUUCGCUCAGGGCGAAACAAAGGCUGAGCAGGAACUCAGUAGGACGUCGGAAGUCCUGCGAGGCCUUGGCCAAUAUUUGGUCUCACACGAUGUAGUGAGGGAGAUCGAGUCGGUGCUUCGCAGGGCUUCCCGUACCACAUUUGUCCUGAAGGGCAAAGUUAAGGUCACCUUCUCUCUGUUCCAAGGACGGAAGUCCGUUGCGUCUGUGUCGAAAGGUCAGGAGCAGCAGCCAGGCAACUCAUCAGCGCUGUUUGUACUUGAUCCGGGAGAAACAGCGCAUGCAGUCCACAUUGCCGAGAACCAUAUUGGUGUCAUUGACUUGGUAGUUGCUGACUUGGGCCAUGCCUUGCAAGCUGAGCAAAUUGCUGGAAUAUGGUGGAGAGCCAUAUACACCCUAUGUGGAAGAUGCUCGAUCAUGACAACUAAUGAUCUUCAGACCAGCAAAGGCCGAAAGGUCUUCCUAGGCUUCGAACUAGUAUCUACACCAGCGAUAAAUAACUACCGAUUUUGCUACGACUCUAUGUCAUAUAUAGGUAUUGGCGGCCUAGCAUUCGAGGAUCCCAGUCCCAUUGCUCAAGGCGUUCAGCCCUUCAACCCUUCCACAAUUAUGCCACCAAUGCCAGACUUUCGGUAUUAUGUCAAGCCCUUCUUCUUUUCAUCAGCAAACCUGCAAGAUCUCUCCAAAAUUGAAGUCUGCCAAAUUCCAUACAAGCGUGGCAUCUCUGGUCUCCUUCUCACAUACACCAACGGCCACAAAGAGGCUCUUGGUAAAGUACGACUAAACUGUCUUGAAUCUCCUAUCGGUAUCAGCAAACAGGACCGGAACUGGCUACGCUUUGAGUAUAAUCCCACAGGAAUCAUCGAUAAACAUCCUCGUCUUAUUAAGAUCUCCUUCUCCCGAAUUAAACCAAUCAUACGUAAUAGAACGGAUCCUGCAACUGCUGGUCUCAACUGUCUCGAGGUUCUCUUCACAGAUGAACUCCAUUGGUGGUGGUCACCCUUCCAGUGCCAGGUUUUCUACGAAGGCCAGGGCAGCUUGCAACCACAGGAUGCUAAGAAAUGGCUUCUAUUCGACGACUAA